CUCCGGGUUGACGGCGGACGGGGGGGGGGGGGGCGAGAGUUGUCGCGAGACUUGGCCGGACGCGGCCGCGGGCUGCCGCGACCAUGGCGAGCUCGGGCGACGAGGCGGAGCAGGAGCCGCUGCUGGGGCCCCGCACCCCCGGAAGCAGGGAGCCCUGUGCCCAGGAGAGCGCGGAGCAGGCCCGGAGCCGCUGGCGCUCGGUCAGGGUGCUGUACCUCACCAUGUUCCUCAGCAGCGUGGGCUUCUCCAUCGUCAUCAUGUCCGUCUGGCCUUACCUGCAGAAGGUGGACCCCACGGCGGACGCCGGCUUCCUGGGCUGGGUCACGGCGUCCUUCAGCCUGGGCCAGAUGUUGGCCUCGCCGCUGUUCGGCUGCUGGUCCAACCGGCGUCCGCGCAGGGAGCCGCUGCUGGUGUCGCUCGCGCUGUCGGUCGCCGCCAACUGCCUGUACGCCUACGUGCACGCCCCGGCCGCCCACAACAAGGACUACAUGCUGCUGGCGCGCGGCCUGGCCGGCUUCGGAGCAGGCAACGUGGCCGUUGUGCGUUCCUACAUCGCGGGCGCCACGUCCCUGCGGGAAAGGACGGGAGCCAUGGCCAACACCAGCGCGUGCCAGGCUCUGGGCUUCAUCCUGGGCCCGGUUUUCCAGACCUGCUUCACGCUCAUCGGAGAGGAGGGUGUGGUGUGGGAGGCCCUCCGGCUGCGGCUGAACAUGUACACGGCCCCCGCGCUGCUCAGCGCCCUGCUGGGUGUCCUCAACAUGCUGCUGGUGCUCGCGGUCCUGCGGGAGCAUCGCGUGGACGAGUGGGGGCGGCCAUGCAGGAGCGUCAACUCUGAGGAGGAAGAGAGCGAGGGCGGAGGCCGGCUUCCGGGAGGGCCGAUCGACCAGCUCGCCGUGGUGGUCACCAACAUCCUGUUUUUCGUGGUUCUGUUCAUCUUCGCCCUUUUUGAAACAAUCCUGACGCCGCUGACCAUGGACAUGUUUGCCUGGACGCGAGAGCAGGCCGUGCUCUACGGCGGGGUCCUGCUGGCGGUGCUGGGCGUGGAGGCCGUGCUGGUGUUCCUGGGCGUCAAGUAUGUCUCCGGCAGGGUCGGCGAGCGGGCGGUCCUGCUGGCCGGGCUGCUGCUGGUGUGGGCCGGCUUCUUCCUCCUGCUGCCGUGGGGAGAUGAGUUUCCGCGGAUCCAGUGGGAAGACUUGCACAACAGCACCGCCCCCAACGCCUCCGGGUGGGGGUCCCCGGGAGACCAGCCCGGCCAGGAGCCCACGGGCUGCCCGGUGCAGCAGGCCUGGUGCCAGUUCACACCCGUCAUCCACCUGGCCCAGCUGCUGGUGUCCGCGGUGCUCAUCGGAGGAGGCUACCCGGCCUGCAACGUCAUGGCCUACACCCUGUACUCCAAGAUCCUGGGGCCCGCGCCGCAGGGCGUGUACAUGGGCUGGCUGGCGGCGGCGGGCAGCGGGGCACGUGUGCUGGGCCCUGUGUACAUCAGCCAGGUGUACUCGCUGCGGGGCCCCCGCUGGGCCUUCGGCCUGGUGUGCGGCCUGGUGCUGCUCAGCCUGGCACUGCUGGCAGCCGCCCACCGCAGGCUGGUGCCCUUUGCCGCGCGGCCCAGGGACCAGGAGCAGCCCAGCUAGCGCCGGGGCCGGCUCCCCACGCGGACGCAGCAGGCCAGGACGGAGGGCAGGACGGAGGGGCCUCUCCCACGCGCAGGGACCCAGAGCGGCCUUUCCCUCAGGACGCUGCUGCUGACUUAUUCCGGGUCCCCACCUGGGGCUGGGGGUGCAGGACUCACUGCGGGAGCGCCGCUCCCUGGAGAGCUGCCACCCUCACGCGUGGGGCAGAGGGCUUCUCAGUGCCUGCCUGCCUCCAGCCUGCAGUGACUGAGCAUGAGCACCCCAGGGUCCUGAGAAUCAACAGCGUCCGCACUCCAGGCUGGGCGAGGGGCUGCUCCUUAGGCUUCCAGGUGGGGGGGGGGGCGCCCCGCCCUGCUGUCCUCUGUGGUGCCAGGGUUCGAGCCCAGGGCCUGAAGUGAGCACCAGCCAGGAACGGGGUGCCAAGCGUCCUGCGGCUUCUCUGUCCGCUUUCCGCCGGGCGCCGUUUUCCUUUAUCUGCCGUGAUUCCCGUCCCCUUAGACACAGUGCCCGGAGAAUGUUAGCGACCGUUUGAUCUCGGGAGAGCCGCUCUGCUCUGCUCUGCUCUGCUGGCGGUGCUGGGGAUGGAACCGGGCCCCAGGCAGGAGUCCUGCAGCCCAGCGCCAGCCAGGUGAGGCACUGGCUACUCCCGCGGGCCCUCGGACUCCAGUCUGUCAGGGGAAGCGGUGUCCCUCUUCCCCUCACUGGCUGUUUGUUCCCUGGGGACGGCACCAAGCUCUUUAGCACUGGGCACUGAGCACAGCUCUGAUGGGCACAGGACGGAUUUACCGUUUGCAAAGUGAAAAAUUGAAACUUCAGUGGCUCCUUCUAUUACCAACAAUAAAACUUGAGAACAAAUGAA